CGUGGUUUCGGGCACAUGGGAAGGCCAUAUUGUCCCUUCCCGCGGAGCCCCACAGCGGAACUACGUUUCCCAGGGUGCGCGCGUAGCCCGGGGAAGGCGGUGCCCGCUCUACAGCAAGGGCGGUGCGCUCGGGGCACCGCUGCGCUGUACAGCCGCAGAGCCAGCGGCGCGGGAGCCAUGUUGCGCUACUCCGGGCCCCGCUCCCCGCCGGGAGUCUGCAUCCUGCUGCUGCUCAUCUGCGCCAAUGCUCUGGCCUCCGUGGUGUCGCGCAGCCGCCAGGGGGGCAGCAACGAGAGACCCAUCAUUGGGAUAUUGGCACAGGAGUGUGACUUUGCAAGUUUCCAUAGAUAUGGAAGUUCCUACAUUGCUGCUUCGUAUGUGAAGUUCCUAGAAUCUGCUGGUGCACGAGUUGUGCCAAUAAGACUAAAUCGUUCAGAAGAAGAGUAUGAUAAGAUUUUCCAGUCUAUUAAUGGGGUACUCUUCCCAGGAGGUGGUGUUGAUCUUAAGACCUCAGAAUAUUCGCGGAUUGCUAGGAUAUUUUACAACAAGGCACUAACGGCUAAUGAUAAAGGAGACUAUUUUCCUGUAUGGGGAACAUGUCUGGGAUAUGAAGAGCUGACAUACCUCACCAGUGGGGAGAUUUUACUGACUUGGACUAAUACUGAGGAUUUUGCACUCCCAUUGAACUUUACUACAGCUGCAAAAGACAGCAGGAUGUUCAAGAAUUUUCCAGAUGACUUGUUGCAAAAACUUGCCACUGAGUCUUUGACAGCACACUUUCAUCACUGGAGCCUCUCCAUGCAGAAUUUCACACAGAAUGCGAAGCUACGCAAUUUCUAUAAGGUUCUGACAACUAACACCCAUGCAGACGUGGAGUUUAUAUCAACAAUGGAAGCACAUAAAUACCCAAUUUAUGGUGUCCAGUGGCAUCCAGAGAAAAAUCCUUUUGAAUGGAAGAACUCAUCAGGCAUACCACAUUCCGCAUCAGCUAUGAAAGUUGCAUAUUACGUAGCUGACUUCUUAGUGAAUGAAGCCCGGAAGAGCCUGCACCAUUUUCCUAAUGAGGAUGAAGAGACCAAAGCAUUGAUUUACAAUUAUACCCCUGUUUUUACUGGUAUAUUUUCUCCAUUUGAGCAAGUCUAUUUUUUUGAUUGAACAUCCAUCCCAUAGUACAAGAUAGCGAUCUGUAAAUAGAGUUGUUGGUUGCAAGUUUCGUAAUUAAACCCAUGUUGUGCAUUGCAAGUGGCAGAAAGCCAAAAUGCUUAGCUUACCUUGCAGUGAUUUAUCCUAUGUUACCUCUGUAGAACUGGCCCAUUAAUCUGACAGAUUUUCAUUCAAUUACAUUAUAAUAGGCCUGGAUCUCAUUUUAAUACCUGCUACAGAGAAAUAUAUUUUACCUCCAGAGACGGCAACUUGAUUGCACGUAUAAAUUUGAAACAAAUCAGGUUAAUUUAAAAAAAUUGAGCAAUACUUUUGGCCAUAUAUUUGAAAGAAAUGAGUUUACUUUUACAAAACAUUGUGGGCUCUGUGAUAACAAGUGGGUAGUUAAAAGAUUUGACUUAUAAUUCUGUUCUCUUGGUCAGAUUACAAUACAAUUAAAGGAUGAAAUAAUCUUUCGAUCUUGAGCUUGACAGAUGUGUGCUUAUGUAACCAAACUCUUGGCAGAGAAAAUUUUGUCUUUUAGAAACACGACAAAAUAAUAGUUAAACAUUAUUGCAAACGGACAUAAAGAAGUAUAUGCAGUAUCAUCUGUACCUUGUAGGACUUACAUAGUGAAGGUGCAGUAUUAUGUAGGCAUUGCACACAUCAGUUAAAGUAAGUCGGUUUGGAGCGCACAGUUAAAACAUUGAUUCACCUCCUGCUCCCUUAUUCAGUUUCACUGAUUCCUUAAGAAUCUGUUCCAAAGCACACUGAAGUCAGUGGAAAGAUUUUGGAUAGGCCUUGAAUUAGUUUGCUUUAUGAAAAAAUAGGACUGACUAGAUUUUUUAAUGAUAAUAUAAUGUAUAAUUUGACUUUUGGUGAAAUCUGUGAAAUCCUGGCCCUAUUGAAAUUAAGGGGUGUUUUACCACUGACUUUAGUUGGGACAGGAUUUUCAUCCCCUUUUAAAGAACAUUUUGAUGUAAUGGCUUUCAGAAAUGUUACUAAUAGGGAUCCAGUCAGCAAAGCCUUUUACUGCUGAUACAAUGUAAUGAUUGAAAUUAUUAGGCAGCUGUAUUUACUGUGUUUUUUUUCCUUUUGCUUUGCCAUGCAACACAUUUUACUUGAAUUUAAGUAGCUCUUCUCAAUUACUGAAAAGUUUGUUCAGUAGUUUUGUGAUGUAUCAAAAUGGGAGGAAGAUGAAGCAAUGAGUUUCAUUUCCCUUUUCUUCCACAGGCCCAAACCUCCCACUGAAAUCAGUGGGAAUAGCGUUUUAACCUCAGGUCUCCAGAAUUGAAAGUUAGUAACACACAGCAGUUCCAGCACCACAUCUGCAGUACAGGUGCAGAAUUUAUCAGGGCAUUCAAGAGGGUGGCAGACUCCCUACUCACUAUUCAUGACCAGAUAGGCCUGCUACAGUUUAGCCCUUAACAGAAAGGACUGGAAAUGCAUUCAUUAAUGUUGUAUAAAGCAAAAUUGUGAUCUGUAACUACUGUCAAUAAUCCAGCCCAGUGCACUCACAAGCAUGGUGCAUUUUGGCUGUAAAAUUCAGCAUUUGUAUUUCACUAUUUCUAGCUAUGAUUUACAGUCAAACUGAGCAAAGCUUAAUUAGCCUGGGACAUUUUAGAUUUCUUCUGUAAGUGCUUGACUACCCCAAUUCAGCACAAUACAAUUUUGUGUUGUAUUAUGUAUCUACUAGUAGCUGAAAGCCCAUGCUAUCACACAGGUGUAAUUUUUAAAGACGUGUGGCUGAGAACUUAAAAAUUGGAUGGUAAUGGAGCACUAAUCCCAGUGAUGAUUCAACCUGUUGAUAUUCUAAACAAAAAGUACUUUCAGCCCUGUUUGUAGCUGUUUCCAUCACUUCACAUUGACUCAACAGACAUUCUAGGCUUCAGAGUGACAUACAGAACAAGUGACAAUCCUGGACUCUCAUAUAGAAUACUAUGAGCCUGAGUCUCUUCUUAUCCCAGUUUUGCAUUAGUAUAGUCUUGAUUCCAAUAGAGUGACUCCUGAGUCCUGGCUUACCAGUGUGAGAAAUGACAUUAGCACAACAGUUACUCCUGAUUCUUUACUUACACCAGUCCGAGAAGACAAUCAGGCUGUGUGUAUACAUACAGGCACAGCAGCUAAACUAAUGACCAAAUCCUGCAAUUCUUAAGCAAACAUCCCCAGAAGUUUUGCCUAGUAGGGCUUUUCUGCACCUAAAACUUACGUUGACCUACUUCAUUGCUCAGGACUGUGAAAAAUUUCAUGAGCCAUGCGAUCUAUUUAAGUUGACUUUACCCGCACUGUAGACUCAGCUAGGUUCAUGAAAGAAUUCUUCCAUGGACCUAGCUACCACCUCUUGAGGGGGUUGAUUUACUACAGUGACAGAAAAGCCCCUUCCAUUGCUCUAGUAAGUGUCUCGACUACAGUGGUGUAGCUGUGCCACUGUAGUGUUUGUAGUGUAGACAUACCCGAAGAGUUUGCCUAUGUAAGGAAUGCAUGAUUUAGCCCUAAUAUAGUGGAGACCAAUCUGCAAGUGGAAUUUCUGUUAACUUUACUGGUUGUGACCAGGGCCAAAGUGUGCAAAUGCAAAGGGUAGCAGUGUUUGUAAUAUGAGUGAGAUCACUGUAUUUAUUCAUGAGUUUGGAAGUUUAUUUCCUUGCUGUUUUGUUCUGCUUUAUAAAGCAGCACUUCAUUGAACUGAUUGUAUUAAUGAUUUCCUUUAAUACUUGAAAUAAAGUUUACACAAGCAGUUUUGUAUCUUC